GUACUUGAAGUACUAAAUUCUACCUCACUAGUUGACAAAGGUCCAGAAGCGGAAGAUAAUCAGACCUAUAAGUACACGGUUACGGCAAUUACUGGCCAACAUCAAGUCACUUCCAGUAUAAAGAAGUGUAUCGGGCGGACAAAGCCGCUACCCACCCAACGACAGUCAUAUCGAUUUCCUUUUCACAUUAUAUACCUUCAUCGCAAUUUGUGGCGCAGUAUGCAUAAGGUCAGAAACCACCUAGGUACUUAA